UCAGCUCAAUGUACGAAAAUAUGUAAAACCAAGAAGAAGAAAGGGAAUGAUUCUCCUAAACAAGAUAUUGUUGUGUUCUCUAUAUAUCUCACAGAACAAGAUCACUUGUCAAAAAUCAAAUUAUGAUUAACAGGGCUUGCAUUACUGUGCCCUCUACGUGCAUGGAAAACGCUGGCUUCAAAAAGGGCAUGUUCUGUAGCAGCCAAUUAACGCUACAAAAAAUUGCAGAGCAGCUCCAACUUCUUACUCCACCUAGAGUGAAUACUAUGGAAGUAGAGCACUUUGAUGAUAAUAUUGGUUCAAAGCUUGAGAUCAUGGAGUCUGUAGCAGUAGAAAAUGAUGAGUUUUGCUUGGAGAACUGGAGGAAGAAGAGAGCGGCUGUCUUGAUUUGCCUCUUUGAAGGCAAUGAAGGCGAGCUACGUGUUAUUCUUACCAAGAGAUCUAUGAAGUUGUCUUCUCAUCCAGGGGAUGUAGCAUUGCCGGGUGGGAAGAUGGAAGAAGGAGAUGUAGAUGACUCUGCAACUGCAUUAAGGGAAGCCAUGGAAGAGAUAGGUUUGGAUCCUCAUCUUGUUCAAGUUGUUGCAAACUUAGAGCCCUUUAUUUCCCAGCACCAGCUGCAGGUUGUCCCUGUGGUAGGGCUACUAGCCAGGGUAGAAGACUUCAAGCCUGUACUAAAUACUGACGAAGUUGACACUCUUUUUGAUGUCCCAUUGGAAAUGUUUCUCAAGGAAGAAAAUCAUCGAUGGGAAGAGAAGGAAUGGAUGGGUUGGAACUAUUGUCUCCAUCUCUUCGAUUUUGAAUCCGAGAAAGGAGUUUUUCUCAUAUGGGGUUUAACAGCAAGCAUUCUUAUUGAAACAGCCUCUGCCAUCUACCAGCGGUCUCCAAGUUUCGAACAUCAUCUCCGAGAUUUUCAACAAUUACAAAAGGCCUUGAACAAUAAUAGAAUUGCAUGACAAGAACCACAUUUCUGCAUGCGGUAAUUACAAGUUAAAGAGUUCAUGCAGUCACAAGGAUUAGAUAGCACAAAAUAAUAGAAUUUAUUGUUAUAUAUAUUAAGCAAAUGGAAUAGAUUUAGUUUCUGUUUGUUGUGUUAACAAGUUUGGUAUAUAUAUAUGACUUCUGCAAA